AUGAAGUCGUUCACAUGUGCGGCGAUCCAGGACGGGGCCGUCUUUAGGGUGACACUGGAAGACGGCCAGCAAGUAUUCGACCUCAAGGAUGCGAUCAAGGAGAAAUGGGGGUGUGCAUAUCCUCCGCAUGAAUUGUCGCUCUACCUAGCGAAGCAGGACACUAGCUGGAUCAAGGCGACCAAUCCCGAAGUGAUGAUGUUGUGGUCUGGCAAGGUUGGUGCCCAGGUCAAAGCGCUGUUGGAAAACAAAGCGAUGCACCCAAGGAUGAAAUUGGGUACAUUCGACCUCCCCAGCAACGACAGCGACGACAUCCACGUGUUGGUGGCUGUCCGCAGGAGAUGGUUGACGUGUGCGAUGGUCGGGGUCGGGACAAUCAUCUACAUUGACAUCCUCGAUUACAAGACUGUCCUCGACCUGCAGAAGGCAAUCAGCGAGAGUCCAAACUUUGCAUUGGAUGCGGAUUGCAUGGACCUGUACGUGGCGAAGAAGGGCAGCAAGUAG